CAUUUAUCAUUCAUUCAACAGCCCACCACGACUCGGGUUCGCGCGCGUAUUACGUCUCCGUCGCGCGUACCGUCAACACUCUCGUCGCAACCGCCGGAACCGUCGCCGCCAUUGUCCGUUGGAGGAAAAAAAAAUACGAAACGGGAAACCACGAACCGUCGCCGUUGCGCUACAACGAUUUCUGAGGAAACAUGAAGUGUCGUUACACUUUAUUACUGUUCGUGAGUGUUUUGGUGAUCCUGUUAGCCAACCGGGGUGAAAAAUGUUUUGCCGAGGGCGUACCGAUAUCGGAGACUUACAAUAUUCCACAAGAUGUGAACUUUAAAAAUGGCAUUGCACGGGUGAUUGAUCAAGAUGUCCAAGAACUGGAGAAAUUAAAAGCACCAACUGGAGGCCAAUCCGAGUCAAUUUCAAUGACAAAUAUGCAUGAAUCGUCAUACACAAAUGAUAAUGGAAAAGAGAAAUCUGUGGCUAAAAUCAAACAACAAUUAAACAAAAAUGGUGAAAUGUUGGCCAAACUGGAACAAAAAGUACUUUCGAAAAAUGACCGUAACGCCGGUGGUCAGCCAGACACAAGAGUCCAACUGUCCAUGGACAUACCAAGUAAAGGUAUACACAAACAGACAUCGUACGCAUCCGAUGAUGAGUCACCGAGAAAACGGGAUGGCAAAUACAGGGAAUAUGACAAAAAAAGCUAUGACGCUCUGUUUCCCCCGCCCGUGUCAUCGUACUUCAACGUAGAAGCAUCUCCUGAGGACAUGGCUGAAUAUAUUUUUUUCACCAAGGACGACAAAUCGGUGACGCAGGCCAUUGAGAAGCUCAUCCAGGAAGGGAGAUUGGAUCGAGAAUCGGCAUUGGCCUACUUGAGCAUGAUCGACAGAGAGCUGUAUCGGCUGGACGCUCGCUACUCCGACCCUGCUCCGGGCGUAAUGAACAAAGAUAUAGAUAAUUCAAUCAAGUUUCAAAAGAAUUACGAACCAUCCGAUUUCAGUGACAUUGAUGGAUCGCUGACCGAACUAAAAGAAAUGCAACAGAUACUCAGGGACAAGUUCACUAAGAAGAGCAAUAACUUGGACGAUGAAGAUUACAAUUCUAAACACAUUGAUCGAAUUAAAAAUAUCUUGGAAGCCAAAUUGCGGCUGUCUGACUCACAGUAUAAUCGACUUUUGGACACGCUAAUGACUCCGUCAGAUUAUGCGUAUGCCCAGACGAUGAUGGAUGAAAUAAUUUAUCAGCUGGCAAAACUCAUGUUCAAUCAAGGACUCUUCAUUGGUGGGUCGGAGGCCCAAGAAUCUCUGCAAAAGUUUACCGACUUUUUGGAAAACGAAGCCAGCCAAGGAAGGAUUUCCAGGGCCCUGGAAAAGAAGAUAUUGGAUUUACUGAUAACGUCACUUUCGGAUACACUCACCGAACAUCCGGAACUGAUGUCUGCUGCCAAGGAGAGCUUUAGCAAAUAUUUAGACGGCUAUCCGAGUUUAGAUUCAAAUAGCAUCCAUCAGAAAAAGAACGACAACCUGAAGACGAGGAGAGACGUGACUCCGGUGAAGAAGCAGCAGCUGAAAGCUGACCGUGAGAACAAGGCCGCGGUGACGAAACGGAGCGUAAAAACGUCCGGAAUCGAAGAUAACAAUGCAGUGGAAAAAGUGGAAAAUUAAUUUGAAUAAAAAAAAAAAAAAAAAAAA